AUACUAAAUGUUGCUCUCUCUUGCUGAUAUUUCCUUUCAUAUGUAUGAUUAUUAUUUAAAUGACAUCUGUGAUAUAGUGUUACUACCUUUUUUUAUUUACAUUACGAUAGAAGUAUGUUUUGUUUAGUUUUGUUUACAUCGGAACUGUAAAGGUCAGAAGGCGACUUUACAGUUUUACUGGUGGAAGAAUACCUCAGGUGGCCUUCGUGUACUAUAUCAUGUCUUGGUAGAACCACUGACCUUCUAUAUGUCAUAAGCUGAAUUGCCUUUUUCAAAAGAAAUUAUUGAAAGUCUCUUACGGGAUUUGAACCCGCAGCAGUUAGGGGUAAAGGGAUUUGAAAUCGGCAACCAUAACCUCUUGGUCUGUCACAAACAUGUAAAAAAGCCUUUUUAUAUUACAUUUGUGGCAGUCAGUGAUUUGAUUAAAAUAAGGUUAUUUAUUUAGUUUGUAAAGUUAACAAUGUUUUGUUUAAGAAUAGCUCUUCAAUGGUGAAAUAAGAAUUCAGAUAUUUUCAGAAAUUUAAAUUUGAAACUAUAUUUACAUCAAUUUUAAAAAAAUGUCCUUAUUUUACAUUAACGUUCCUUAAAUCAUUUGCAGAAUGCUCUGAAAGAAAGAUGACUUUGCAAUCUAACGCUACUUUUGUAAAGACUAAAGCAUUUGAAAGCACCUUAAAACGCCUACAGAAAACAGGUUUUGUUGUUAUAAAUGGGAAUCAUGGGGAGGGCACAAGCACCAUUGCUUUGCACCUUAUCUCAGGAAAAAGAUAUCUAAGGCUCAGUACACCUAACGACUGGAGAUUAGUGUCUAUCAAAAAUUGUGAUGCAAUAUUUAUUGAUGACAUUUUUGGAGUUGCUGUUCUCGAGGAAGAAAAUGUAAAAUGUUGGCGUCCUGUUUUAGAAGAAAUACGGGAAGCAGUUUUGAAAAAAGAUAUAAUCGUUUUGAUCACGAUAAAGCCACACAUUCUUCGACAAGCAAAGAAGUAUCUGUUCUAUAAACUUUCAAAUUGGUUUGCAGACAAUGUUAUAACUGUCAAGUCUGAGACAAUAUCAAUCGAUGAGCGUUAUGAAAUUUUAAAAUCCCAUUUGGAAGCUAACGAACGGAAAAUAGAUAUUGAUGCAUUGAAAAGUUUUGUCUCCAGUUAUGAAAAUAACCCGGAGACAAUGUUUCAAAUAGGUUUUCCUCAACGUGCAAAUAUGUACGCGGAGUUUUCACAAUUCUUUGAAAAAGGAUUCACGUUUCUUGAAAAGCCGAUAUAUUUUGUGAAAAACUGCCUAAGUGAUGUGCUAAGUGAAGAAAAAUCUUUCUUAGCAUUUUUUUUCUUAUGGUCACAAUUAAAGCACACAUUAAGGAUAACGGAGCUAGAUGACAUGGAAGAGCGCAGUGAAAUUUCCUGCCGUUUAAAACAACAAAAUGUGUUCUCAGUAUCUUAUGUUAAGGAGGCAUUGCUUUCUCACAAAGACGGGUUUAUCAACUAUAUUGAAGACAGCGAGGAAUUCCGCUUUAGUCAUGAUAUCAUUGCCGACGUAGUAGGUUUGCUGGUUUGUGAGAAAAAUAUCAAGGAUGGCAUUAAUUUAUGCUCACUUGAUUUUCUUCUGACGUACGUCACAACAGCCGACGAAACAGAAGAUGAAAGCAUAGUCAAAGUAUAUAUAAAGAAGUCAAGAUUUGAACUAUUGCACAAACGGCUCUUGUAUUUUUACCGAUCAAAUAAAAUGGCCGUUAAUCACGAUGCCUUCGGCAAUGAAAACUUCGUUUCAGUGCUAAAGGAGAAAGAGGAUAAAGAAGAAGUUAAGAACUUUGAAAUAUUUCAUGAUGCGUGUACUGUAGGCGCCAUUCAGACUGUUUCGUGUAUGUUAAACUGUGGAAUAGAAGGACAUGAGGUAAAAGGAUUCAGUCCCAUACACAUGGCUGCAAACUCUAAUCACUGUGAAAUCGUAUCUUUAUUCGUAAAGAGAAAUCCCGAACUCCUUAAAUUGAAAAUAUCAGGUGGAGAAAAUGAAUAUCAGAAGUAUCAAGGAGCAACAGUAUUGCACAUAGCAAGUCUUAAUGGGUAUGAAACGAUGAUAAAUAUAUUAUUAUCACUUGGUGCUGAUGUCAAUUUAAGAGAUUGUGAAGGAAACACGCCAUUACUUCUUUCUAUAAAGGAGGAAAAAUAUAGAAUAACACGGAUUUUUCUUAAACAUGAGGAUGUCGAAAUCAAUACACCUGACAUAAAUGGUUCAACCCCUUUGAUGGAAGCAGUAAAGAACAAUUUGAAUAUCGCAAAGUCACUUCUUCAAAAACAAAAUGUCGAUAUUAAUUGCAUUAAUUCGAAAAAUCAAACAGCACUCGACAUUGCUCUUUCUAAAGGGGCGGAUAAUAUAGUGAAAAGACUGAAGACUAAGGGAGCCGAAACUGCAAAAUAAUUGAUAGAUCCGAACAAGUGAAGAAAGAAAUUGUGCCCAAGAGACGCUUUGUAUAACUACAUGCUCUUGAAAACAGUCAUCAGAAUGUGUUUUCACUUGUAAAAAUGAUAGUAACUGUUGUUUCAUUUAGCGGAACAGGUACAAAAAAUGACAAUAAAGAUCAACAAGGCAAGGUAACGUUCACAGAACGCAGCUCCCAACACAAUUCAGUCACAUAUUCAGAGCACCCAGAAAGCACCGAUAAAUAAAUAAAAACAAUAGGAUAAGCAAGCAGGACAUGAUUGGGGACAACAAACAAUAAACACCGAACAAUCUCCUUAAAUGAAAAUAUGACAACUUUGAUUGCAUGUAAGGGGAGACCAUCAAGUCGCCAUACGACACAAACAACGCGGUUGUUGGCAUAAAAUGAGAAUAAAGAUCAACAACGUUCACAGAACGCAACUCCCGACACAACCAACUCCUAUUGGACACAAUUUCAUAUAUAUUCGGUUUCUUUUUCAUGAGAUACGCAGUAACCUUGACUUUCAUAUUUUAUAAUACGCUUGUAGAUAAAAAGGCAGACUUUUACCGGUAUUUUACGAAAAAAAAAUCCACAGCACCAUUUAUAGCCAUGACUUUGAUACGGUGAACGAUGCCAGUUGACAACGCACAGUUGACAAAUCUUGUGUUGGACUCAGACAUGUACCGUUAGAAAAAGUUAGCCAUAGUUAUAACAUAGUUUUGAAAUCUUAUGUUUUAGUAGAACAGUCUAUUUGUUUAAGUGUUUACUGAAUGUAAUUUUUUAAGUUCUUUACAGAAAUUACAGACAUUUUAUAAUUUAUACAAUACGUAUAAUCAGUAAAGAUCAGACAGUUGCUCUUGAUAAAAGUUUGUUUAACAUUAUUUAAAGGAACAUUUAGAAUUAGUUUGCUUUAGUUUGUUUGGAAUUGAUUUUAUUUUCUGUUUUAUUUAUUUAUCAAGGUGUUAAGCUUUUUAUUUUCGGCAAUACAGUUCAAACAUUGGGAAUUGAGGUUUUAUCAUUACACUAUUCUACACUUUAUGCUCCCCGUAGGAUGAGCAUAUAGUUGCCACUUUUUCCGUCCGUCCGGAUGUCCGUCCGUCCUUCCACUUUCUUGUCCGGGACAUAACUUUGAAACAACAAGAGGUAUCAACAUGAAGCAGCUUUAUAG